AUCUUCCUCUAGCUAGCUAUAGAUCCUGCGAAUCUUUAAGACCAAAUAUUAAAUGCAUUAUAGCACGUCCACUUUUGCACAUUUCAAACUAUGCACGUCAUUACGUUUAUGUAAUGUAGUUUGAGCUGGUAUUUGCAUACAGAGUUUAAAGAUUUUUUUCUCCUCCAGCUGAAUACAAGUCAAGAUCUUGGCUUUACUUGGAGCCUGUUACAGAACCAGACCAAGGAAUCCACAACACAACUAAAUAAGACGAGAAAAACGAAAUAUAAACAUUCAAAUGCUGGUUGGCUGUUAAAACCAUGUGAAUUAAACCCACACUUCAUCAAAGGAUUUGAACAUUUUCCUGAAUUACUAUGGAUAGCUCGUACAGAAGGUUUAACAAUAUCGGGGACGAAGAAGGAGCAACUUCUCAUAAAAUCCCGAAUGGGGCAGAUCCACUUCAGUUUGAAGCUUCUUCCGACCCGAAUUAUUUUGUGCCCACAGUUCCUGAAAAUAUUAUUGUACGACCUGCAACCACACCUCAAGCGAAGCUGAACAAUGACCAGAACCAAACGUCAAUGCCGAAGCAGCGACUCAGACUUCGAGCUCUCGAGACAGAGACGGAAUAUUUUCUUCGGCUUCUAAAUGUGACCACCAUAAAACGCUUACUCUGGGCUCAGAUGACGGCUUGCUGCGUAAUUCUUGUGACACAAGUACUUUUAUAUGCGAUUGCAUCAAAUGGAUAUUUUAAAGUUGUUGACUACACUGGAAUUGGCAUAUGGGCUCCUCUGUUCAUAUUUUCGGUGGGGUCGGGAUUGGCCCUUAUGGCUGUCAAGUCUCCGGCUGGUUGUAUCCUUGGCACUGCAAUGGGUUUCCAGAUAGCUUCGGCUUCGUUUGCAGUUAUACUUACCCUUUUAGCGAGUAUUUCACUCUUAACGCAUGGUAGAUGGGAUUAUCAUGAUGAUGUGUAUGAUCCAGAAGUUGGUGGACGCAUAAUUUGUUCGUUUAUGAUAUUCAGCUCGAUGGUUGUUUUCAUAACGUGCGUUUUCGUUAGUAUUCAAUUUUGCCGUGCGACCUGUUGUGGUAGAUCCAGAGCAAGCGAAGCCUUUCUCUUUGAUGUGGAGACAGUCAAAAUAUGAUCAUCUGUAUGCGCAUUAAAACUUUUUGAAAACCUUAUACCUAUUCAUGAGAUACUUCAUCUCAAGGGAUUUGAAAUAUGUCAGACUUAUUGUAACCAAGAAAAAAUGAGAUUUGUUCCUAAACUGAUGUUUCAGUUAACCGUAAUUCUUAUGAAUGUGACACUCGUCAAGCGUUUAAAGAUUUUAGGUUCAAUUAGUGUUUGAAAGCGUCUUUGUGAUGUUUACUAUAUUAAUAAUGUCCUCAUUUUAUGCAUAUGCAAAUAUCUACCUAACUCUUAAAGUUAAUCAUAAUUUGGUCGAUGCGACAUAGGAAACAAAAAUUCUUAUUUACAUUAUUUAACUAUAAUAAAAAUGCUUCACUGUAUUGCAUUAAGCUAAUGUUUCUUUGUAAAUUUUGAUAAGCAGUCAACGGAGCGUAGCUCGCAAUAAAUUGGUCCAUGGUCUAUAAUGGACUAUUUUGGUUCAGUGGGCAAUAAUAUUGGUACGAUGUAAGGGAAUAUGCCAUAUGAGAUUGAACUGACUAAAUAUAAUCUUGCAAAUGUACUGACAAUAACUAAAAUUCUCGAGUCUAUAAUGUGCAAUUAAAAUUUUGCUAAAACUUACCAGUAGUGUGAUUGUAUUUUUGCAACAUUGUCAUGAGGUUAAAGAAGCUGAAUUGAUUACUGGUAAAUAAAUUACAUAAGGUAGAACA